CGAUUCGUCCUCCCUGUCGCCUCGCUCACGGACGAACUCACGAACAGAAACCAAUUCACGAUUCACGAAUCGAGAUAGAAAUCGCAAUCGGCCUUGACUCAAUCGGCUCUCGCUCUCUGCCUCUCUCGGGUCUCGACUAUCGACCGGCUCUCGGUCUCUCGCUCUCGCUCUCGCAUCUUGUGGCUUGUGAGGUUAGGGUUAUUUAGUUUACUUAUUUCAUUUCUUAUGUUUCUAAUUCUUGUUUGACUGCAAAACCUAAGUAUGAAGCUGUGAAAUUGAUCCUUUGUGGUUUGUCAUUUGUGUUUCUAGUACUGUUACUGUAUCACUGAUUCACUGUAUGUCUGUAUGUAUAAUGUUUAUGUAUCAUGUAUGCCUAAAUCCAAAUUGAGAUCCAUGCCUUUUGCUGCCAAUCUACCAUUUGUUAAUUGAAGUCCAAAUUUCUUUACCUAACAUCUGUUAACAACCCCCUAGGACAGCUUAAACAACCUCUAAAUGUGGCCCAAAACAGUCUCGAAACAACAUCCAAAUAGUCCCUAUUGCUGCUGAUUUUUUAGACACAAAUCGGCCUCUUUAGCUGCUAAUUUUUAGCCACAAAACAACCCCUAGCUGCUGAUUUUUAGCCAAAAAAAACAACCCCUUUAGCUGCUGAUUUUUACCCCAAAAAGUCAGUCGAGUGGGUGUAUUGAACCUGCUUGGACCUUAAUCUGUUGCUGAAUGCAUUACUACUUAAUACUCGUUGAAUCUCUGCAAUAGUUAAUUUGUGUCCAUCUUAUGUAUAUAAUGUACUUAUACUAACAAUUGCAACAUCUAUUUUGUUAUGGUUAUUUUUUUCCAUUGUUCCAUUUACCAUGGGAGGUUCUAGCUUCACCACUAUUUUUGGCYAUYMUGUUUUAACUUUAGCACUUAUGAGAACCAAUUACUGAACCUUGUAUUGGAUGAAGGUCAUGAAGCUGUAGAGUUCCUUUUCAUGUUAAGUAUGGACUUGUAAUAGUACAGUUUGUGUGCAUGUUUAUGGUUCAAAACAUUCAAGAUUCUCAAGUCAUAUGGUGCUAUAGCCAAAGUAGCCUACGAGUAGUGCCCUAUCCCACAACUGCACUAGUUGGGGGAGGAGUCAGAUACCAUUACAAAAAAGAAAAAGUAAGUGUGGUCCGCUUCUGAUUUUGGGAAUUUAAAGGGUACUUCUGAAAUCGACCUUGACAUACAAGUUUUUCAUAAUUUACUUCUGAACAUGUAUUAGUCAUUUCCUGUCUUUUGGGACCAAAACAACUUUAAACAUUGUUUUUGAUCAAUUUUAGAGUAAAUAAAAGCAAGACAGUUGAAAUCAAAUGUGGACUUGGUUCGUGCAUUGAAGUUCCUGUUUUAGUUUCCUAGUUUUUCAGUUCCUGUUCAUACAUAAGGAAUUGGUUCCUCAACUACGAAGAAUCUUGUGCUAUUUUGCCUGGACARCUAAUCAGAAUUUGAUAAGUGGCUAUAUGAUUCAAUAAUCAAGACAUCACUGUUAAACUUUCCGGAUAUUUAACAUUUUCCAAACUCCUAUCAGACAGAAAGUGUUCCAAGUCGGAGAAAAAUGGUGGUAGACGAUGUUCCGAUGGAUGAUAAGGUAAAGAGAACGAGAGACCUGCUAUCGAGUUUCUAUUCACAGGAUGCUUCUCAUACUUCUGCUCCCGUCAACACUACAUCAAGAUUCGCCACUCUCGACACUAUCAAUACGACUUCCUUCGAUGCCGAUCAGUACAUGAAUCUUCUUGUACAAAAGUCAAAUCUGGAGGGCCUCCUUCAGAGGCAUGUUGAGAUGGCUGCUGAGAUCAAGAAUCUGGACACUGACUUGCAAAUGUUAGUAUACGAAAACUAUAACAAGUUUAUCAGUGCUACAGAUACAAUUAAAAGAAUGAAGAAUAAUAUUGUCGGUAUGGAAGUAAAUAUGGAACAACUCCUUGAAAAGAUAAUGUCAGUGCAGUCACGAAGUGAUGGGGUCAACACCUCGCUUUUUGAAAAGAGAGAGCAUAUAGAGAAAUUACAUCGCACCCGUAAUCUAUUGCGCAAAGUUCAGUUUAUAUAUGAUCUCCCUACUACACUUGGAAAAUGUAUAAAAUCUGAAGCAUAUGGUGAUGCAGUGAGGUUCUACACUGGAGCUAUGCCGAUAUUUAAGGCUUAUGGGGAUUCCUCAUUCCAGGAUUGUAAGAAAGCAUCUGAAGAAGUAAUGUCAGUUAUUAUUAACAAGCUCCAGGACAAGGUUUCUUCUGACUCUGAAUCAAUACAAGCAAGAGCAGAGGCUGUAAUGCUUCUUAAGCAAUUGGAUUUUCCGGUUGAAAACUUGAAAUCAAAGCUGCUUGAAAAGUUAGAGCAGUUCCUUGGGGAACUUGAUCUCUCUAAAGAGAUAAGCAUCGGUUCAGCAAUUCCUCAUGAAUCUACCAAUGAAGGAAGUGAAUCUGAUCCCGUUACUCCUCUUCCUGAGGUACCCACUCGUGAAUUUGUGGAAGCUGUUCACGCUUAUCAUGUCAUUUUCCCUGAUUCAGAGCAGCAACUGGUCAAACUCGUGCAAGAUCUAACCACAAGGCACUUUGAAGCUGCCAAACAACAAAUACGGGAACAGAUAUCUUCAGCAAAGCUAGCCAACCGACUUCGGUUUAUUUGGACUGAUGUCCUCCUGAUAAAUGAAGUGUUACCAGAGGCUGCUCUUCAAGAUUUUGCUCUUGAGGCUGCUUGUGUUGCUGUCAAGCAGUAUGUUGCUAGUGCAUAUUUUCAUCUUCUUCAUGAAAUAUCUGACACUCUUCUGCAAAUUCAAAAGGAUGGAAUAGGAGAAGAGUAUCCUUUGCGGGCUGCCCUGGAGGCCAGCAAAAAUGCUGUGAUUCAAGGCAGUACAAAAGUCCUAUCGGAUUUUUGUUGUCUUCUUGAUGAAGAUUUAGGGUUGAUAUUGAAGUUAAGAGAUAUGAUUAUUAGUUGGGUGCAAGAAGGGUUUCAAACCUUCUUCAAACAACUUAAUGAUCGGUUACUCUUGCUUUCUGGAAAAAAUGUUCCGAUGGCACAUGAGCAGUUUUUGGCAGAGAGGUUACAAGCUGACAAGGUUCCUGCUGGGCUUGUUCUUGUGAUAUCCCAGCUAUCUGUUUUCAUUGAACGAGAUGCCGUUUCAAGAAUUACUGAGGAAAUUGUCUCUUCAUUAUCAGCUGGCGGUGUUCAGCUCUACGAGCAUGGUCCUGCUUUUGUUCCUGCUGAAGUCCGUCACACCUUUAGAUCAGCUGGAGAAAAGUUCUUGCAGCAUUAUAUCAACAUGAGAACCCAAAGAAUUUCUGUUCUUUUGAGGAAGAGGCUCACAGCUCCAAAUUGGAUCAAGCAUAAGGAACCGAGAGAAGUUCAUAUGUUUGUUGAUUUGUUUCUUCAAGAGUUGGGAGCAGUAGGAACUGAAGUGAAACAGAUUUUACCUCAAGGCCUUCCUCGUAAACAUUCUCGCACUGAGAGCAAUGGAAGUACAAGCUCUUCACGCAGCAAUACGUUAAGAGAUGAUAAACUUGGGCGUUCAACCACCAACAGGGCACGUAGUCAGCUUCUAGAAACCCAUCUAGCAAAGCUGUUUAAACAAAAAAUGGAAAUCUUCACAAAAGUCGAACAUACACAGGAAUCUGUUGUGAUGACUAUCGUAAAACUCUGCCUGAAAAGUUUGCAAGAGUUUGUUAGGUUGCAGACAUUUAACCGGAGUGGAUUCCAGCAAAUUCAGUUGGACAUGCAGUACCUGAGACCUACGCUCAAAGACACUGCUGAAGAUGAAGCUGCGGUUGGAUUCCUGCUUGAUGAGGUGAUAGUUGCUGCUGCAGAACGUUGUCUCGAUCCUAGUCCUCUGGAACCCGCAAUCCUAGACAGACUUGUACAUGCGAAAUUGGCUAGGACCACAGACUAAGAACAAGUGGCUUCGUAAGUGCAUAAAUGGAAGUGAAAAAAGGUAUCUCUGCAUACGUGUUGUAUUAUUGUGUUACUUAUAGAUAGUUUCGUAACUUGACGAGAACUGGAAUUGUUGUUUUGAUAUUAGAGAUGGAAAAUAAAAUAAAUCCGUUGAUUUGGAUUAAC